AUGUCGAUUAGGAUAGCCCUCGACAAUGCGCCCGAGUUCUACACCAACCUCGACUCCGUGACCGGCCGUGUCGUGCUGCAUCUGAGCCGGCCCGAGCAGAUUGGCGGCAUCGUCGUCAAGCUCGAGGGCGAGUCCAAGACGGCUCUGGGUCUGCCCCAGACCUACGACGACCGCUCCCCGCGGCCCGGUGGCGGCCCCGGGAGCAUCGCCAGCGAGAACCACAAGAUCCUCUACCGCGUCGCCCAGGUCUUCCCCACCUACGAGGACGACCUCGGCGCCGGCUCUGCCAGCUCCAGCUUCUCCCAGAGCUACAUGAUCCAGGCAGGCCAGCACGAGUUCCCUUUCACCUUCAAGCUGCCCCUCAACAACGCCUGCAGCGACCCCGUCGCCAUGUCCAAGAUCGGCGGCAUCGGCGGCAUGGGUGGCUUCGGUGCCGGCAUCGGGCCCUUCGGCCUCGGUGGCGCCAGGGUCAUGGACGGGAGCAAGCAGCUGUUCCUUCAGCACGUCGCCAAGACCCUGCCGCCCUCCUUCACCGGCUUCCCCCGCCAGGCCGAGGUGCGCUACUACCUCAAGGUCACCAUCCAGCGGCCCGGCUUCCUCAAAGAGAACUGGCGCUAUCAAAUCGGCUUCAAGUUCAUGCCCAUUGAGCCCCCGCGCCCGCCCAAGACCACCCAGGAGGCCUUUGCUCGACGGCCCUUCUCAUUCAAGCCACGUCCGCAGCAGGCCCUGCAGAAGAAGAAGUCGUCCCUCUUCGGCUCCAGCAAGGAAGACGCCGCCACAACCGAUCCGGGUGCCGUGCCGCCCUCCAUCGAGCUCUCGGCCCGCCUGCCGCACCCCCCCAUCCUGACGUGCAACCAGCCGCUUCCGCUGCGGCUCAUCGCCAAGAAACUCGUCCCCUCGCACGAGCAGGUCUUCCUUACCUCGUUCCAGAUCGAGCUCGUCGGCAAGACGCACGUGCGGUGCCACGACCUUUUCAACACCGAGGUCAGCAAGUGGGUCGUCGCCACUCAGACGGGGCUCGCCGUGCCCAUCCUCGCGGACCCGGCCUCGGAUGACCUCUCGCUCGAGUCCGUCAUCCCGGACGACCUGUGGCGGAACAUCCCGCUGCCCAACACUGUCGCACCGUCUUUCAUCGCCUGCAACCUUCAGCGCCACUAUGAGCUCGAGAUCCAGCUCGGCCUAUCCUGGGGGAAGCCGCCCAGCCCUCGAGGCUUCCUGAGCUCGUCCAAGGACAACCCGGCGGCGCAGACCAUCUUCCUGCCGUUACAUUUCUCCAAGAUCCAGGUCUACUCUGGUAUCGCCCCGCCGCCGCAAUUGCUCGAGGCCCUGGCCGCCCAGGCGAGCAGACCCACCGCCGCGACGCUGGGGGUGCCACCGAGGCUACCCCCACGGACGUCACAGUCCUCCUCCGCGACGCCCACGUCGCAGUACCGUCCCGGACAGCAACGACCACCGGCAGCGGCGGCGGCGGCGGCGGCGGCGGCGGGGCCGGGACUGGGGCCUGGAUCGCAAGCGCCGCAAUAUGACCCGCUGUACCCACCGCAGAUCGGCACGCCGGGGGCCACGGGCUUCGACGAGGCACCGCCGAGCUACGAUGAGGCCAUGGCUGCGAACGCGUCGGGGCCGGAGGAGAGACCAGCGUACAGUGGCGUGACGAACGAGAACGCGCCGAGCCAGAUCCCGGAAAAGAGCUAG